UUGAAGAAUAUUUUAUAGCCGGCAGGGUGACUUUUCAAGAGGCGCCCCAGAAAAUUCUUCAAGAAAAUAAAUUCUAUUAUAAAAUAAAGCAUUUACAUAAAAUAUUAAGCAUUUUAAUAUUAAAAAUAACCAAUAAUGACUGAUGCAAAAUCAUUUUUCCAUGAGUGGUGUGCUAAAAAUAAAACCGAACCAACAUUCGAUGUUCGUCCAACUGGACCCAAGCAUCGUCAGCGUUUUCUCUGCGAAGUUCGUGUUUCUCCAUUUCCCUAUGUAGCUGCUGGUAACUCGACGAAUAAAAAAGAUGCCGAGCGCAAUGCAGCUCGAGAUUUCAUAAACUUUCUCGUUCGAAGUGGAAAAAUACCCGCCAAUGAGGUGCCAAGUGAUCUUGGCCUUGGUGCCGGAGGCGGUGGAGGUAAUCAGUCGGGCGGGGGUGAUAAUGGCGGCGGUGGUGGUGACAAUAGCUUUGGUGGAGGAAACCAACAAAACCGACGAGUCUUUUCCGACAACAUGGGUCCACAGGAUUUGGGACAGGCUUACAGGCCGAUGGAAAAUCGUGAAUUCAAUUUCAUUGAUCGCGCCCAGCAACAACUCAAAAUGGAGGAAGCCGAGUCACUUGAUGUCAAUGCGGCAAUUCAUGGUAAUUGGACGAUUGAGAAUGCCAAAGCCAAGUUGCAUCAAUUCAUGCAAAUGAAUAAGAUCCAAGCUGAUUACAAAUACACUGCUGUUGGACCAGAUCACUCGAGGAGUUUCAUGGCUGAAAUGCACAUCUAUGUUCGCGAACUAAAACGUAACAUAACUUCACGCGAAACCGGAUCGAACAAACAGUCGGCAAGUAAAUCGUGUGCUUUGUCACUUGUCCGUCAGUUGUACCAUUUGGGUGUAAUUGAGUCUUUUUCGGGAACUUUGAAGCAACGCAAGGAUGAUGAGGAGUUGAAACCAUAUCAAAUUAACGUUAAUCCAGACCUUAUUGCUGAGGUAGAGAAUGUAGUUAAGGAAUUGGGUUUGCCAAUUGCCAGUCCAUCAGGGUGUCCUGAUGAGAACACUCCAAUUAAUUUAUUGGUUGGCGUGAAGAGUGAAACUCAAAGAAAGGUGAAUGAUUCCCAAAUUCAAGGUGCAGUUAUUCCAUGGGCUCCACCACAGCCAAACUGGAAUGCUUGGAACGCCUGUAACAUCGAUGAAGGAUACUUGGCAAAUGCAAGUUUGGAUGAGCUUUGCAGUGACUUGGAGGCUACAUCUAAGGAAAAGCGAAUGAACAAUCCUGAAUUUCAGAAAUUCAUCGAGUUCCGUGAAAAACUUCCAAUAUCUGCAAUGCGAAGUGAAAUCAUGACAGCAAUCAAUGAUUGUCCAGUGGUUAUCAUUCGCGGUAACACUGGUUGCGGUAAAACCACACAAAUUGCUCAGUACAUUUUGGAGGACUACAUAAGUUCUGGUCAAGGAGCCUGGUGCAACAUCUAUGUCACCCAACCACGUCGUAUAUCGGCUAUCUCUGUUGCUGAGCGUGUGGCGAAUGAACGUUGCGAAAAUCUUGGCGAGAGCGUCGGUUACUCUGUUCGAUUCGAAUCAGCUAUGCCUCGCCCCUACGGAGCUAUUCUCUUCUGUACAGUUGGUGUUUUGCUGCGUAAACUGGAAGCAGGUCUCCGUGGUAUUUCCCACAUCAUUGUCGAUGAAAUUCACGAACGUGAUGUGAACAGUGAUUUCCUGUUGGUCAUCCUUCGUGACAUGAUCCAUACAUAUCCCGAUCUGCGAGUGAUUCUUAUGUCAGCCACAAUCGACACAACAAUGUUCUCCAAUUAUUAUGGUGGUUGCCCAGUUAUUGAAGUUCCCGGUAGAGCUUAUCCCGUUCAACAAUUCUUCCUUGAGGAUUGCAUUGAGAUGACUAAAUUUGUACCAACUCCAGAAAAUCGAAAGAAUCGCAAAGAAAAGGAUGACGACGAAACAGCCGUUGCUGCGGAAAAUGCCGAGUCACCAGAGUUCCAAAAUUUGAACAAAGUCAUCAAUGAUCCCAAAUACUCGCAACAAACUCGUAAUUCAAUGAGUUUAAUCUCGGAAUCUGAGUGUAGUUUUGAAUUGAUUGAAUCACUAUUGAUUCAUAUUAAGAGCAAGAAUGUUCCUGGGGCAAUUCUUGUUUUCUUGCCUGGUUGGAAUUUAAUUUUCGCUUUGAUGAAGUUCUUGCAAAACAGUUCUAACUUUGGUGGACAGGAUUAUAGGAUUUUGCCAUGCCAUUCCCAGAUUCCCCGAGAAGAUCAGCGAAAGGUUUUUGAACCUGUUCCCAAUGGAGUUACAAAGAUUAUUCUUUCUACCAACAUUGCUGAAACCUCAAUUACCAUUGAUGACAUCGUGUUCGUCAUUGAUAUUUGCAAAGCCCGCAUGAAGAUGUUUACUUCCCACAACAAUCUCACAAGUUACGCAACAGUCUGGGCCAGUAGAACCAACUUGGAGCAGCGUAAAGGGCGUGCUGGUCGUGUACGUCCUGGAUUCUGUUUCACCCUUUGUUCGAAAGCUCGCUUCGAUGCUCUUGAAGAACAUCUUACUCCAGAAAUGUUCCGAACACCACUUCACGAAAUGGCCUUGACCAUAAAAUUAUUGCGCUUGGGUUCAAUUCAUCAGUUCUUGUCCAAAGCUAUCGAACCACCACCACUCGAUGCUGUAAUUGAAGCCGAAGUUCUUCUGCGUGACAUGAAAUGUUUGGAUCCAUCCGAUGAAUUGACUCCUCUUGGUAAGAUUCUCGCUCGUCUUCCAAUCGAGCCACGUCUGGGCAAGAUGAUGAUUUUGGGUACGAUAUUUAAUUGUGGAGACAUUCUCUCGGGUAUGGCAGCUUACUCAAGUACGUUUUCCGAAGUAUUUGCUCUUGAUAUGGGUCAACGACGUUUGGCUAAUCAUCAAAAGGCUUUGGGUGGCAAAAAAUGCUCCGAUCAUGUGGCUAUGGUUGUAGCCACCCAGAUGUGGGAAAAUGCUCGACACAAGGGCGAAGAUGAAGAGAUACGUUUCUGCGAAUGGAAAGGCUUGCAACUCUCAACUAUGCGAGUAAUGGCUGAUGCCAGGAAUCAACUUUUGGAUCUGCUUCAGCAGGCUGGAUUCCCCGAAGAGUCUAUGAUAACCGGAAAAGUUGAUGCCAAUUCAAAUGAUCCCGUUUUGGAUAUGACCAUAGCUCUGCUGUGUUCCGGAUUGUAUCCAAAUGUUUGCUACCACAAGGAGAAACGCAAGGUUCUCACAACUGAAUCGAAGGCUGCUUUGAUUCACAAGACUUCAGUUAACUGCAGCAAUUUGGCAGUGACUUUCCCAUAUCCAUUCUUUAUCUUCGGAGAGAAGAUUCGCACACGUGCUGUCUCUUGUAAGCAGAUGACGAUGGUGGCUCCGUUGCAUUUACUUUUGUUUGGCUGCCGGAAAGUUGAUUGGGUUAAGGAUAAUAUAGUGCGACUUGACAAUUGGUUGAACUUUGAAAUGGAUCCAAAAAUUGCAGCUACUAUAGCUGCUUUGAAACCCGCCAUCGAGGAGCUGGUUACUAUUGCCUGCAAUAAUCCAGAGGAUGUUUUGAAAAUGGAUGAUGCCAAUGCUAGAUUAGUGCAGGUGAUUAAAGAUCUGUGCGUAAUGGAUGCUGGUGAUUUCCAGUUGACUCGAGAAUCUGGUGUUUUACCAUUCCAAAGCAGGCCCGGAGGCGGUGGGCCACCAAAUAAAAUGAGACGCAUGGAUGGUGGAAAUGGAGGUAGUGGUGGUGGAUUCGGGGGCGGCGGUGGUGGUGGUGGUUUUGGAGGCAGUGGCGGCGGCGGUGGUGGUGGUGGACGUUAUGGAAGCAGUGGUUUUGGAAAUGGUGGUGGAUUCGGAGGAGGUGGUCGAUUUGGAAGUGGAGGUGGUGGUGGUUAUGGAGGUGGCGGUGGACGAUUUGGUGGUGGUGGUGGUGGCGGUUUUGGUGGAGGUGGCUUUGGUGGUCGUGGUCGAGGCGGUGGACGAGGAGGAAGACGAUUUUAAAAUAAACAAUAAAAUUUAGUAUUUAAAUGAAAACAUAAUUUUUUUUAUUUAUUUGAUUUUUAUUACAAAAAUGUUGACUUCUUUUAAACACAA